ACAGAGUGUCGAAUCCGAUGAGCCAAGUCACCGACAAAUCGCAUCGGAUUUCCACUCGAGGCCCGAGGGGGAGCGAAACAAUGGCGACGGAAGAAGAAACUGUAGAUCAGUAGAUCUUUAGUUAGUCGUUGAAGCCUUCAACUGUGGGGGUGGGAGAUUCUAGGGCAGGGCCGUCGCGGAGUGGAUAUCAAUCGGAGAGGAAAACGCUAGCGACGAAGGUUUGCGGAGAGUAGGGUGGGCGGUGGCGAACUGAGAGCGGCGAUGAUCCGGAAUACCGUCAUCGCGUUUGUCUUCCUCGCCUUCAUUCUUCUCGGGUUUUCCAUCAUCAACAAGGAGGAGCUGGCUACUAAGUUGACCGUAAGAAGACCUCCAAUCGUUGAUUCCUGCAAGGCACACAGAGAGGAGGCAAAGAACAUUAAGAGGAUGGCCAGGGGUGCCCUAGACUGCUCAAUUCAGUGGAGAAGAUGAAGAUGAACAAUAGUGAAAAAUGAGUGCAAGAUUUAAGGUGGAAAAAGAACCUGAAAUUACUCAUAGAGUUUUCUUGGAUGUUGAUAUUGAUGGCCAACAUUUAGGUAGGAUUGUCAUAGGAUUAUAUGGUGAAGUGGUGCCAAAAACUGCAGAAAAUUUCAGAGCUCUAUGCACAGGCGAAAAGAAAAAUGGAACUGGUGGAAGAAAUCUUCAUUACAAGGGAACCAAAUUCCAUCGCAUUGUAUCAGGGUUUGUUAUUCAAGGUGGUGACGUCACUAAUAGUCAUGGUAAGGGCAGUGAAUCUAUAUAUGGUGGUACUUUCCCUGAUGAGAACUUUUCAGUCAAGCAUUCACGAGCAGGUAUUGUCUCUAUGGUGAACUCAGGGCCUGAUUCAAAUGGAUCACAGUUCUUCAUAACUACUGUCAAGGCAAGCUGGUUGGACGGGGAGCAUGUAGCCUUUGGUAGGGCUAUUCAAGGUAUAGAUACAGUCUUUGCGAUCGAGGGAGGAGCUGGAACAUACAACGGGAAGCCAAGGAAGAAAGUUACCAUUGUCGAUUCAGGAGAAAUACCAAAGGACCAAUGGGUAGAUGAAUGAUGAGUUGUGUCUAUUUGUACUUCCUCGCUGACUAAAGUUUUGCCUUUCCUAUGGUACUACCUCUAAGACUUGGACCUCUUAGAUCCUUCUCGCCGAUAGUUGGUAUACAUCAACACCCACCUUCCUGUUCUACCAAUGUCAAUAGUUGGUAUACUUCGACAUCUGAAUGUUUUUUUGUUUUGUUUUGUUUUGUUUUUUUUUCGGAAGACUCUUACUUUUCAUUGAGCCCAUUUUCAACUGAUUGUGAGAAGAAUUUAAAGCUGCAUAAAUAGUUUACAAGUUGGGGAGUUGAUUGAUGGAGCAAAA